AAGUAAACUUUAGUAUUCCGAAAGGUUUGUUUAUUAUUAGAAAUUCACGGGUACCCAUUCGUAAUUUUCAAUCCAAUCUGCGAAAACCGUGCGUUUUCAUUCGUGAAAGUGGGUGCAAAUGAUCUAGGCAUUGUGUUAGGUAAAUUUCAAUAACAAUGUCGGAGCUUAGUGAAGCAAUGCUCAGCAAGCUGUCAACCCCGGAACGACAGAAGCUCAACCACCAGUUGCGACAGGCACAAGUCAAGAAAUAUCUCACCUUCAUCAAAUCAGAGAGAGAGAACAAUAAAGGGAGUAUCAAACGACAAAGAAAACCAAACAAGAAAAAGACCUGUGUCAAGUUCGGAGACAAUCUCCUGCUGCAGGAUGCUGUUCAAAACUUUGAUGACAGGGAAGUUCUAAGACUCAUUAAUAAGGGGAGUGAUGUGAAUUACAGUACUGGAAACAACACUUCACUACUACAUAAGAGUGUCAGUGAGGACAACUUGACGACAGCAGAGUUACUUUUGGCACACGGUGCCGACGCAAACGCCCUGGAUGAUGAUGGAUGGUCUCCCCUUCAUCAGGCAUGCUCGUGUGAACUCCCAGAGAUGGCACAACUAAUCCUCAACAAUGGAGCUGACCCUACAGCAUUAGAUGUGGACGGGUUUUUCCCUUCGGACCUGGCACCCGACGGGUCAGAGACCCAGCAGGUUGUACUUAAACAUAUGGAGAAAAUAGGAAUCACCGCUGACCAGAAGAAAGAGCUACAACUGAAUACACCCAGACAGAUGUUUUCUGAUGUCCAGCUUCUACUGACCACGGGCAGUGUCCUCAACGCACCAUCAGACCUCGGAAUCACCCUGCUACACAUUGCCUGCGCUAAUGGAUUCAAGAAGGUUGUCCGUCUGUUGUUGAAGAAGUACGUUAAUGUUGACGCACAAGAAAAUAUGGGCUGGACUUCACUUCACGUUGCUGCUCGGUAUAACCAGAUGGACAUAUUAAAACUACUGUUGAAGGCUGGAGCCGAUCCUAACUUAGUCGACGUUGAAGGCAAUAAGGCUUCGGCGGUCACAAACUCAACUGAUAUACAAGCUCUUCUGAUGAAAGCUGAGAGAAAGAGCGGGGCAAAAUUACGAGACUCUGAGAUCGGUCCAUUAGAAGGAGAUGAUGGCAUAUAUGAUCAAAAAGAUGGACCUGGAAAGGAUGAAACGGGUGUUGGUGGCCUUGUCAGAAUUAACAGUAAAACAGUCAAAACCAAGCACACCACCCUGGCUAGGGAGGACGGACUCUCAGAGGCCCGCACACGAUUGGAGUUCCUUGAAGGGGGGAUUGGCUCCAAACCUGCAGCAAAACAGGGAGGCUCUGGCAGUAAGCCAGAUACCAAGUCCUUCAAUGAGGAGGAGGAUGUCUACGAGGAAAUCUACAUCACAAAGAUCUGGCGAGGAUCGGACAACAAACUGGGGAUUUUACCAGAAGUGACCAAAACAGAUAAUUUAACAGAACUAGCAGAAAUUACUGAAAGUAUAGUUUUGAAGGAAAUACAGCAGAGAUUUUCCAAAAGCCAAAUCUAUACAUUCAUAGGUGACGUGCUAAUUGCAGUAAACCCAUUCCAGGAGAUGUCCUGUUACUCCAAGUCUAUUUCUGCAAAAUAUCACAAAGAACGGGAGCAGUUACCGCCCCAUGUGUAUGCAGUGGCAGAGAGGGCGCACCAGUGCCUGAUGCGAGACCGGGCGGCCCAGUGUUGUGUGAUCAGUGGAGAGAGCGGAGCUGGAAAGACAGAAACAUGUAAAUUCCUGGUGCAGCAUCUGUCACGCAUCGCUGGUAGUGAUGAGAGCAGUCUCAACAGUAAAAUCAACCAGGGAAACGCUGUCCUAGAAGCCUUCGGGAACGCUAAAACAGUCAUCAAUUCUAACUCCAGUAGAUAUGCCAAGUACAUAGAGCUGCACUUCAACGACCUUGGCAAGAUCAUGGGAGCAAAACUGACGGAAUAUCUUUUGGAGAAAUCCCGAGUGGUGUUCCAGAACGAAGGCGAAUGCAACUACCACAUAUUCUAUUGGAUGUUUUCGGGUCUCACACCUGAGGAGUCCCAUUUCCUCAAACUCCAAUCAAUCACUGCUCACAGAUACAUGCGUCACAAAGGAAUCGACCCCGAUUCCCUUGUCAACUCUGAGAACCGGGAGAAAUUUCUGGAGCUGAAAGAAUGUCUCAAGUUCAUUGGAUUUACUCAAGACGACAUGGAGAAUAUCUUGCUGAUGUUGUCGACCGUCCUUCACCUUGGUGACAUUACAUUUACGACGGGAGGCAUGAACGACAUGGCCGUCAUCACUAACUCUGGACAGGUCCAGCUGGUGUCUGAGUUGCUGAAGGUCUCUGCCGAGGAGCUUGGGUCAUCGUUUGUAUGUGACUACACUGUAACUAGGGGAGAACAGAUUCGGAAGGAGCGCACUCUUCAACAGGCCAGAGACUGUCGCGACGCUCUGGCAAAAGCUAUUUAUAGCCGAAUGUUUAGUUGGAUUGUCAAUGGUAUCAAUCAGAUGAUUCAAUCCAUUGUUCCAAGAGAGGAUCCACUACUUGUUGGGAUUUUGGACAUUUUCGGAUUUGAAAAUUUUGCCAAGAACAGUUUUGAACAGGUGUGUAUAAAUUUGGCCAAUGAACAGAUGCAGAAUUACACCAAUGAGCACAUCUUUUACAAGGAGCAACAGGACUGUCUGCAAGAAGGCGUCCCAUUGGUGGAUUUUGAUUACAAGAAUAACCAAUCAGUCCUGGACACCUUCUUUGAGAGACACACUGGGAUCUUGGCAAUUCUGGAUGAGGAGAGUUCCUUCCCCAAGGCAACAGACCGUUCCCUAGCAACCAAGCUUCAUCAGGGUCCAGGAAAAAAGUAUCGAGAUGUGUACAAGUCACCUAAAGAUAUGGGAGCGGUAUUCACGGUCGUCCAUUACGCUGGUGCUGUGGUCUACAGCCUGCUGGGCUUCCUGGACAAGAACCGGGACACUCUACCCAACGCCGUCACUUACACAUUGAAAACAAGUGAGAGCCUGCUCAUCAAGGACCUGUUUCAGUCCCGUGUCACCAGGACGGGGUCCCUGGCACCCAGUGCCCGGCAACAGAGGUCACGCAGGGUUACAACAAACAAGUCUCCGUUUGAAUUCUUCAAGAAAAUGAAAGGAGGGAAAACUGACAAGAAACCCAAAGGUGCAAUGAUGUCUGUUGAGAGAAAGGGACCGGCUACCAUGGCGUACCACUUCAAGAAUUCUCUGAAUGAUCUGAUGGCCAAGAUCCAUUCAGCCAAACCUCAAAUCAUCCGGUGUAUACGUCCUAACACUACCAAGACGGCCAUGUUGUUCGUCCCAGAGUACGCCCUUGCCCAGCUGCGCUAUACCGGAAUCGCUGAGACAAUCAAAAUUAAAAAGUUUGGUUAUUCCAUGAGAAUCAAGUUCCAUGACUUCUUACUGAGGUACCACACCCUGGCAGUCUGUCUGCUGGAACAACACAGCAUGAUACCAGACCUGGACAAAUGUAAGCAUAUCUUACAGUGGUGUCAACUGUCAGAGGCCAAGGACAAGUACAAGAUCGGGAAAUCCAGGCUAUUCAUGUGCGAGCGACACUGUACCCGUCUGGAGGAGGGGGAGGUAACUCUCAUCGGGAGAGUGACUUUGGCACAAGCAGUUGUGCGUGGAUUCCUUGCCAGGAGAAAUUUCAAAACCCGCAAAAUACAAAUUCAGCAAAAACAGGAAAUGGAAGUUUCCACCUUCUGCCACCAGAUGGCUCUCCAUCAGGAUCAGUUGUUGGCAUGGUUACAAGUUACAAACACUGAGGAUGAUAAAAGACUGCAACAGAAGCUGAAAAGUGAUGAGGUUCAGGAGAUCUGUAAAUCCCUCGAUGCCUUGGACGACCUACUUGAUGUGUAUGAUGACUACGUUCCAGAGGUAGAGCAGGAGGAUGUUUUCACAGACAAAGAUCUCGAUGACUACGAUUUUGUAUAUCCAAGGCCUGAACAAGCUGAAGGCGACAACGAGGACGAUAUGAAUGGUCAUGUACAGUAUCGGGGCCUGCCUCCCCCUCCUCAUGGGGAUUUCAUCUGUGAUUCAGGAAACCCGCCUCCCUGUCCAAGGGACCUGUACUCACAAUCACAGAUCUAUGACACAAUACCAGCCAAUCAGGGGGAGUAUGGGAGUCAGAGACGCACUGUCCCAGCGCCGGCACCACCAAGGCGGAGUCCUAGUACGCGACUAAGUACUGGCAGCAGGACCUCCUCUUCCUCGAGUGGGAUUUACGAUGAUACAGCGCUGUACAUGGACGACGGCCAUCACAGUCCCCAGCAUCAGCCACAGCCACCCCACCCACCAAUCAACAUCCCACCCCUGCAGAUGUCGCCCCGGUUACAAAAGAAAAUGGUGGCCAGUCCCUUGGUCAGUCCUCGUAGUCCAAGCCAUCAGAACCCAAACAAGCCGUUCUCUUACAUAGUGAAUCUGCCAGGGUCACCGAAAACUCACCGUAGGUCAAGUGAUGGAAAGUAUUACGAUGUUCCCGAUGUGUCACCACCUGGCGAUCCUACAUAUGAGCCAAUCGGACAACCUCAUCCAUAUUCACUGGUCGAAAAGCAUAAGGCUACAAGUAGUGGGCAGUAUGGUGCUCCAGCUUCACCGGGUCACCAAAGUCCAAGCGUUUACAGUCAAGGUCAUCCCGCGACUCCUGCAUCACCAGGUCACCAAAGUCAAGGUUACUACGGCCAAAGUCAAGGACAUCCUGCCAGCAAUGGUGGUCAGUAUGGUGCUCCAGCAUCACCAGGUCAUCAAGGUCAAGGCUAUUAUGGACAAGGUCAAGGACAUACACACACACCCCAAGGUCAACACCAUGGACAGCUGCCAGCUAUGCAACAGCCCCAAUAUUCACCUUCACACAGAACUGCAUCGCCUCCUCCAUUGCCAAAAGUUGGCCCGGGGUCAGCCCCACAUAGCCCAAGCUUACAGAGACAAUCUUCUCUCACGAGAAAAAAUGAAAAGGUGUCUUCCCCAGUAAUGCCACGCAAAUCAGCAGACCCACGGGUUGUUACCCCGGACCCUGGUGCUAUGUCUGAAAGUCAAAGGUCUGGGCUUGGCCCGCCCAGCUUCCCUGCUCCACCUCCUCCAUUACCUGUGGCAGCACGGUUUGUGGCGGCAACUUUGGAAAAUAAUCGUCCGCCUUCCCCACCGUUACCCCCACCCCCUCCAGAAAUGAUAUCAGAUUCCUCUCCACAUAACACACCACACAAAGUUCCCCCACCCGUUGUUCCAACCACAGUUCCCAAAGUGGCAAACCCACCCCCACCUCCACCUCCACCAAUAUCAAAGAUUCCUGGAAGACCCCAAAUUUCUUCUUUUGAAAUUGGGAAAAAACAAUCCAAAGGAGAUGACUCACACGACCAAGGCAAUAAGAAGCAGCAUACGAUGCCUCUCCCUGGUCAGGCGGCCGUUAUCAGACCGAAACAACAGAAACAGCAGCAGUUACAGAGCAAGAACCUUGUUGAGGAGCUCAGCAAGGUUACUUUACGAACGGUUCAGCAGACAAGUGUUCAACAACCUGAACCACAGCCAGUCCUAGAGGAACCGAGGGUUAAACCCUCUCCACCCAAACCUCCAGAAAAGACAAACCCUCCAUCAGGAAAGGAGGCAGAACCUGCUGCAGUAUUUUUACCCAAAUUGAAAUCAACAGGUGCCAAGCCAUGGGACAAAGAUGUGCCCACAGGUCAGAACGUGCCACACCCACAAAUGGAAGAUGACGACCUCCCCCCUCCUCCGCCACCACCCAUGGAUGAUGACUUCCUGCCCCCUCCUCCCCCACCCCCAGGGAUCACCCCAAACAUGGAGCUUUACCAGACUGGGGGUCAACAGAGAUACAAAAAAGACUCGAGUCCUGAUCCAGAGCGAAAACCAGACUCUGGCAUAGGUAGCAACUCCAGUCUUUCCAGUAUGGAAAUAGACUUGGACGAUAUAGACUUCAGUCAAAUUCCAGGGUACACCCCAAUCAAUUCCUCAGUACCUAACUGGAAGAAAGAUAUGGUGGAAAAGAAAAAUAGAGAAAAAUUAGAUGAAUAUUUGAAUGAAAUAAGAAGACGGAAAGCUGAAGAAGAAAAAUGGAAAAAUGUACCAGAGUGGAAGAGAAAAUUAUUAGUUGAAAAAGACAAAUUGAAAAGGGAAGAGGAUGAAAUGAAAACAACUGCAGCAUUAAGGGAACAAGAAGAACGGAGAAGAAAAGCAAAAGAGAAAAAGAAGGUUCGGAUUCUGUCCGAUGCCGAGAUCUUGGAAAGAACAAAUGCAAAGAUCAGCCCAGAACCACCUAUCACUCCGGUUAAGGAGGUGAGGCCUAUUGUUGCGUCACCAGAAAAGGAGGUCAAGGUCGUUAGGCCUAGCUCUAACAUCAUCAGUCCAGAUCCUCCUCCUCCACCUCCACCAGUUACACCGGUAAAGGAGAAAAAGACGCCCAUUGUUUCACCUGAUGGAAUUCAAAAGGAAGAUGAACAGAGAAGGAAAGAAGAGAGGAAGCAACAGAUAGAAGAAGAAAAGAUAGAUGAAGAAGAGUUGGCUGCCUUGCCAGCAUGGAAACGGGAAAUCAUGGCUAAACGAGGAGGUGCGCUUCGUAACUGGGGUGAUGAGCGCGAGGAAGAGAACGAAGCCCCACAGGAACAAUGAGAUUACAUAAUGUCAAAUAUAUAAAAAACGGUUUAUAGCUUCAGCCACUGAUGUUGUUACUUUGAAGAGUCGUGUUUGAAAUACUGUGACAAACGUAUACAUGUGUGUACGGUUACAAGGUGGAGACGGUUUGAGGCAGUAGCAAUGUUGACCAUCGGAAGGUUUCACAUUGAUGGUGUAAAGGUUUAACUCUGGGGUCGCUUGAAGAUUGGCGUUUAGUGAGAAACAUCAUUAAUCAAAUAACAAGAAGUGUAUGGUCACACAGAAUGAUAUCCGUGCAACUUUGCAUACAAGAUCACCUAAGUCGGAAGUGCUUGUAACGCGCCAAUUCAUGAAGUUGUUCUACAGGCUUACAAUACAUUUUACAUUCACACAUUUGCUUCGGUGGAGUAGUUGUGACCAAUUGAAAUCUUCAUCAUAGUUAUUAAAUAAGGCUAUUAUAUAUCCUAUGCUCUUUUAGAAUACAGUUCUGCUUUGCCAAUUCACAGAAAAUUGUACCAACGUCAGUAAACCUGAUGAACAAAGUUUAUGUAUAAAUCACUAUAUACGGUGUACAACAUGUGAGGGGUAUAAGUCUGUCUUGUUUUCUGUCAUUUUUAUGUCUAUAAGUUAACCCAUUUACCCCUAAAAUCACAUUUGAACCUUACCAAAUCAAAGACUGGGCAAGUCCAGUUAAUAAAUGUAGGGGUGAAUGGGUUAGAGAAAAAAGACAUGAGAACUUCAUUGAGACUAUCGUAUUACUAGAGUGUUAUAAUGGCUUCUAUAAGAGGGCAGUACCAACAACAGUGGCUUGUAGUCAGUGUCAUUCAAAUUUAUUUUUGUAAAAAUGUGUGGAUGGUUUAGAUCUAUGGCAUUCAAAUAAUUAAAACGUAUCAAAUGUUACCGUUUCGUAGAAAAAAAUAAUUGAAGUGAGAGGAACCGCUUCUGUAUGAAGUAACGGUUCAGUAUCAUGUAACAAGAGGUUAAUGGUUCCUUAAUGUAACAGUUAUUUAUAAGAGAUCAGUUAUUUAUGAGGACAUCUUUCAUUAUGAGGUCAGAGUUCAGUAUGGUGUAACAGUUCCAUUUAAGGAUCCCCGUACCACUGCCAAAAACUGUAACUUUGCACCGGAAACUUUUUCCCGCAUGACUAUAGCUUUGAAAAUUCAUUACUAAAAAUAAAACCAUACCUCGCGAGACUAGCUGUUACGAAAAAAAUAAUACAGAUGAAAUAAGCAAAAUAUAAUCAAUUUCAAUGUUCUGAGUGAAAACAAUCAGCAGAGCUAGACCGGGGUUCGAACCUUGGACUUCAGAUCGCUAUACUAUCGUUCUAACUGAUUUAGCUACCUGGUCAGUUGAAGUGCCCUGGCCCAAUAGAUAUUACAAAAUGAAAUUAAGGGGAGGUAACUGCAUAUUUACAAAAACAUCACAGUGCAGUGGGACAGUGAUCCUUAAGUUCUAUGAGGUGUAAUGUCAGCACAUGUUGAGUCUGGAAUGUUGUCCAAGUCGUAUUGAUUGUCGACUUUACUGUUGUAGAUUUACAUACUUUAGGUGGAUGAUGUUACUUAGACUACUUGAAAGAUAUUUUGUCAGGUAAUUCUUGAAAAAAAUAAGCCAUGUACGUAUAGCGAAGAUUAGCAUUGCUAUUUUAUAUGUCGCGUAACAACGUCACUUCAAUGAAUUUUUGUAUGUAUUUAUGUUAUGGACGCAACGCUUUUUAUUUGUGAUAUUUUUGCUUUGAUAUUUAUCCUGAAGGUCUGUUGUACAUAUUGUUUAUAUACCAGCUGUAUGAUUCUCAUACCUAGGUUUUUAAAACAAUGAAAACAGAUGUAUGUACAACUCGUGUAGGGUCCUAAUUAACAUAAACAGUAUUAAUUUGAUAAAGGAAGUAACCAGAUAUAUCCUGUGUAAUUGUAUAAUACUGCUACUUAUUGAAUUGAAUGGAUGUUUCAAUUUUAAUACUCAACGAUUCCUAGGAGGAUGUAUUGUUCAUUUUAUACAUGUAUAUUUCUUCCUACGGUUUAAAUAGAAUCCACAAUAUUGCUAUGAUUCAACAUUAUAUAUGUUAAGUCCAACUUAUUCGUCAACAUUGUACUACAGGGGUUACCCUGACUUGCACUCUCUUCACCCCUGAAAUAUGUCCUUACAAUAUCGAAGGCUCUGUGUGCGCCACCUUGUUGAUGCGACAACAAGACUAGUUGUCUUGGUCUGGUAACGGCAAAAUUGACUGGCUUUGAAGUCGGAUGACGCUCUUCUGUAAUCUUCAAAGGACAGGUUUCAGCCUAGCGAUAGGUCCAGGGUUUUUUACCCGAGACCAAUCAAAUAGCUAACUUUGUGCCUUCAAUUUUGCUAUGACAGAUUCCAGGGCUGCAGAGAGCUGAAGUGAGCGUAACCCUUGGAGUUUCGGGGCUGACAUUGUAAUAGCUCAAGUUAACGGUGAUGAUGAUAUUUUCUCAAGGUGCAACACACGUUUAAAGUGUAAAUUAAACUCAAAAGACAUUUUUUUUCAGUAGAAACAACAAUCAAUUACUCUUUUGUAUGACAAAUAUUUCAUGGAGGAAACUGCAAGCAGUACAUCAUGUGUACAAUUCAAUGUAUAUUCAUCCCGUGUUGUAAUUGUCCCAUCAUCAUCAGAUAUCCAUGCCGUUUCAUGAAUGCAUACAAUAGGGUGCUAUGUUUGUGGCUUUUGAUAUACUUUUGUGUUUCAGAACUGCUUUUUGAAAAAUAGAAUUUCUUAUAUAUACAGCGCCAUACAGAACUAUACCUGAGAUUAAUUUGAUUUUCACUUCCUUCAUUUCUAAAAAAUUUAUGAAGAUGCUGAAGCUGAGGUUAGAAGUCGGUUAAUAUUUUUACAUGCCAGUAAUUGCGUUACGAAUAGUGUUAUUACAUUUUUGAUACUUUCUAUCGCAGGAACUUUAAUGAUUGGUGACGAUAUUUACAUAUUCAAUACACAAGAGAUUAAUUAUUGUCAAUCACUUUUUUUAGCUAUAGAUAUGAUGCAUUUAUGAGCUACUGUGUACGCAACGUUGCCGACACUUGAAAAUGUGUAGGAGUAGUGCGUUUCCGGAAAUGAAAAUCCACAAAUUUAUUUCUUCUUUCUCUACCUUGAACAAGAGAGUGGAUUAGAUCACAAGAUAUUUAUUUUUAAAAGGCCAGUGUCUAAAGUAAAUGACACAUUUGUUCUGAUAAACGGACAUUUAGCAGGAUAAAAGGGUAAGGCUUACAAUAUAUGAUAAGGUACGUUCUAUAACUUUAUACUCAUUUUAUGGCGAUAUUCUAGAAAAUGGUCAUGAGUAUAUAAAUUAUAUCCAAGGAUCGCCGUACCACUGCCAAAAAACUGUAUAGAAGUAUUGGGAAAUAUUUUUCCUGGCAUGACUAUAGCUUUGAUAAAUCAUUUCUGAAAAGAAAAAAUACCUUUGGUUUACCAUACCGAGACUUUUAUGAGAAACAGUAUAGGAUGAAAUAAACAAAAUAUAAUCAACAACAGUGUUCUGAGUGUGAAAAAACACUGCAGGAUUUGAACCCUGAACUUGAGACUGCUGACCUACGGCUCUGACCUAUUGAGCGUCCUGAUGGACAGUAGUGUCCUGACCCAAAUCUGCUACAGUUAUAUCCAGACAGAAGUAAAGGGGAGGUUACUGUGUAUAGGAAAAACGGCAGUGCAGUGGGACAGGGAUCAGGAAACUAUGUAGACGAUUCUGAAUAUGACUUUUAAUAAGAGAAUUUUUAGUGUUAAGACAAUCUUAAGAGGAAGUGUGCAAUGUGCAUAUAAUGCAUGUACCCAGGUACACAGUUGAUAUUGGAUAGCUACGAGUGAUCAUGUUAUCAAUACAGGAUAUAAUUGUACAUGUGUGGUAGCGUUACACUCUCCUACAGAACUUUACAAUUUUUCCUGGGUUUUUUUCUUUGUUGUCAUGUAUUUAAGACUUCGGUAUUAUUCAUAUAUAUAAUGUAUAUUACCAGCUUUUUAUGGCUUUAUUCAAAAGAAAGCAAUGCAUUGCCGUGUAUUACUAAUUUAUUCUUUUGUAUUCAUGAAUACUUUUUUGUUUCCAAUUCUUUAUGGAAAUAUGUAUAACUAUACACUGUUUACUUGUGAAGAUAUUAAUAUUUCUGGAUUAUAUCUGUAAUGACGAUUUUUUUGAAGUGUAAAAUAUCAAUUUUUUAUCAAUUUUUAGCAAGUGACAUUAAUUUUUAUUAACUUAAUUACAAAAGUCUGUUUUAUGUGUAAAUGAAUGUAUUCACAAAAUUGACCAGAUAAAACUGGUCUUGAGGUUUCCAGUUAAAGGCAUAUGCUACCCUACGGCAACAUGUAUUUCCUUUUCAAAAGAGUUCUGCACACAUUACGAAACCUGUAAACGAAUUUACAAGGAAUAGAAAAUCCUGGUUUAUUACUUAAUGACACAUUUUAUGUUAACAUAAAUGCAUGCAUUUGUGAUAUUCAAAAUCAGAAAUCACCAUGAAACCACUGUAAAACCUUGAAAUACUGCCACCAUUUAGCGUCAUAAAAGGUUUUGACGAUAUAUGGAGAGGUAGAAAGAAAUCAUCAAGAAAAAGGAAAAACCUUGAAAUUUAUGGUGAUGAGAACAUGGAAAAUGAAACAGGAAUAUUAUAUACAGGUUUUAAUGCAGAUUACUCUAUAAAGGAAACUAUAUAUAUAAUACGUUCUAUAGCAUACAUCCUUAAAUGGGAUUUAUCGAAUGGGUACGCUUUUUACAUUAAAUAAAUACUAGUAGUUGUACAGUGGUGUUGUUUCUGCAAAUGGAGACGUCUCACCACUGAAUUGUAAUCAAUCCCUAUAUAGCUACCUGCAGUUAAAUGUGAUCAUUUAAUGACAUCAUAGUUGAUCCAUUCAAUAACAGGAGAUGUGAAUUUGGUUUUAUACGGUUCUAUAUAUAUAUAAAAGGAGUUUUAAUGAACAAAAAAUUCAAAUAUAUUUCCCUACUACUUAGUAUCAUGUUUGGAUCAAGUAUAAUUUUAUUUCAUACCUGAACUGCAUGGUUUAGAGAUCUGCAUAGCUAUUGCAAUUUACUUCGAUAAUUUCUGUUCCAUUCACCCCUGAAAUUUUAUAAUGAACUAUUCCAACUUUUGAAUUGGAAGAGUUCAAAUGUGUCUUCAGGGGUGAAUGAGUUAAGGCAAUCAAGUUACUCAUUAAUGUACAUCUGAGAAAAGCUUCUUACUACUGACAGUGAAUCACUCGUCACUGUACAACUAUUGGCGCAUUUAGGUCAGUCAGGGCGUUCUAUAUUAGUAUAGUUCCCGUACUCGUGUAGCUGUUGAAGUAAAUGAGAGAUGGCGUCGUCUCUGUGCACGGAUGCCCAUGAUGCAUUUUCGUAAAUAAACAAAAUCCAUUAGAAA